AUUACGACUUAUAGUUCCAUUUUAAAAGAUCGACCUUAUUAGGAGGAGUUGUCCAAAUCUUGAUAAAUUGAUUUAUGUUUUCAUCUUAAUUAGAUGUGGGAUUUUACCCCUAAUAGUUUGAGGACGCAUAUGGAGUGUCUACUAGGAAGGAUAGAAUAGCACUAGUAUUAAGGAAGAAAAGAAACUUAAAUCUGGUUUAUUAUACUAUUAAAUUUAUUGAGGUAAACAUGGUUUUUUCACCUUCUUUACGACUAGGAUCGAACUUCCUCUAUUGGAUUGGUCCACAAGCUCAACUAGUUGUUACUGAACCUGAGCUUAUCAAAGAAGUACUGAAUAAUAAAGAUGGAAAUUACCCAAAAAUAGACAUUGAAGGCUUUGCAAAGAAGCUGUUGGGAGAUGGGCUUUCAUCAUCGAAAGGUGAAAAGUGGGCGAAUAUGCGAAAAGUAGCCAACCAUGCUUUCCAUGCCGAGAGCCUCAGAAAUAUGGUUCCAGCAAUGAUCUCAAGUGUAGAGAUGAUGCUAGAGAAGUGGAGGGAGCACGAGGGAAAUGAAAUCGAAGUAUUCGAAGAGUUCAGGGUAUUGACAUCAGAAGUCAUUUCGAAAACAGCAUUUGGAAGCAGCUAUUUGGAAGGGAAGAAUAUAUUUGAUAUGCUGAUGAAGUUGACUGUAUUAGUAUCCCGAAAUGUUCACAAAAUAAAGUUCCCUGGCAUCAGGUAAAUUUUCUUACUUUCGUUCAUACAAAUCAUAUUGAUCCUCUGAGAAUCAAAACAUUCAAAACAGAUAAAAGUUCUAACUCGAAUCGAAAGAAAAUAAGCCCGGGUCCAAGACAGAAUUCCCUGGUUUUCAAAAUGAGACGCUAUAGGCAUGUUUCGUAGGCUGGACUAGACAA